AUGGGGUUCCCCGUCGGCGGCUACUCCGAGCUGCUCCUCCCUCGGACGCUCCUCGGCCUCACCCUCCUGCUGGGCUACCUGCGCCGCCUCGUCUCGGACGCCUUCAGCGCCUGCCUCGGCGUCCUCCUCUUUGACGACGGCUUGCGCGUCCGCCGCCGUCAAUCCACAGCGCUGGCCGUCGACCGGGCGCUCCCCGCCACGCGAUACGACGGCGACUGCCACGGCCGCGGCAGCGGCUGCGCCAUCUGUCUGUGCGAGUUCGAGCAGGGGGAGGCGGUGCGGAAACUGAGCGAUUGUCGCCACGUGUUCCACCGCGGCUGCCUCGACCGCUGGGUGGAGCAUGGCCGGAGCACCUGCCCCCUCUGCCGUGCUCCGCUGGUCAGCGACCUCGCUUGGGACGCCGCGCCUCACGCUUACCAUGACGACGACUGCGACGACUUCGCUCCCACAACUCGGGCCAUGCUUCUCCUUGAUCAACUCUUUUCCGCCUCGUGGUUCAAUUCCGCAGCCGACUAA